AUAAAAACUAAAAUUAGAUUAUAGAUUAAAAAUAAGUUACUGCUCAUUUUGGGGUCUCUCUCUGUCUCUCUCUCUCUCUCUCUCUCACAUAUGGUGAUGUUGUCAUCAACAUGUUGGAAUGACAACCUCACACUUUCAGUGGUUUUGUAUAAACCGGAGGACCCAAUUCUCAUCCAUGAGUAUGAUCAACAACAGAAACAGAAACCGGAACUAUAACACCAGAGAGAGGCAUCAUCCAGAAUGGCUGCUCAGGCUGUGGAGUCUGCAGCGGUGACGGCUCUGCGAUCGGUUCUUCACCGUGUCCGGCAUGCGGCGGAGAGAUCUGGUCGGCAUGCCGAUGAUGUGCGGGUGGUGGCAGUGAGCAAGACUAAACCUAUCUCUCUCAUCCGCCAAGUCUACGACGCAGGACACCGUUGUUUUGGGGAAAACUAUGUCCAGGAAUUCAUCGAAAAGGCUCCUCAGCUUCCAAAGGAUAUCGACUGGCACUUUAUUGGACAUUUACAGAGCAAUAAAGCAAAAUCCCUACUCGCUGCUGUUCCAAAUCUAUCGAUGGUGCAGGGUGUAGAUAACGAGAAGAUCGCAAAUCACCUUGAUCGUGCAGUUUCAAGCAUUGGAAGAAAACCUUUGGCAGUUAUGGUCCAAGUAAAUACGAGUGGAGAGACAUCAAAAUCUGGGAUUGAACCUUCAAGCUGUGUAGAUCUUGUGAAGCAUGUUAAGCUUAGUUGCCCAAAUCUGGUGUUUUCUGGGUUAAUGACUAUUGGAAUGCCAGAUUAUACAUCGACUCCAGAGAAUUUCAAGACGCUAUCAAGGUGCCGAAGUGAGAUCUGCAAGGAACUUGGAAUGGUGGAAAAUCAGUGUGAGCUGUCAAUGGGCAUGUCUGGGGACUUUGAACUAGCGAUUGAAAUGGGAAGCACAAAUCUGAAUAGCAUGGGGAGUGACCAGAUGCAAGCUUUUGGAACUGAGUUUGGGAAGAAGAAGAAGAUUUAACGGGAGUUAUUGGGUUUUGUAUAUGAUGUCCACAACAGUCGGAAGCAUUCCCUGAACAUUCCAGAUGCUUGAAGGCGUAGUUCCUCCUCCUUCUUCUAUAAUUAUAAUUGGGGGGAUACCCAUACCCAUACCCAUACCCAUUAUUAUUAUUAUUAUUAUAGCCUUCAUGACCUAGUAGAUACAAGUUGUUAUUAAUCGGGGGCAGGGGCAAGGGCAAGGGUGAUUCUGUCUUUUCAAACAAGUUGGUUGAACAUUCUCCAUAUUGCCAAUGUACUAUCUCUGCUGUUUUUCCUGCUUUCUCCAGAGACUUUAGAAGUAGGGUUGGAUCGAUGUAUCCUGAAAUAUUUACCUUCCCGUUGUUCUCCAUUCUGAAAUUAGUCACCCCUUAAUUUCACCACCACCAACAACAAACUAUCAACCAACAAUCUUUAAGGAGAAAAACAUAAAAAUGAUUGGUUAAUUACUAAUCAAAUGAAUGAGUAGAAACCAACAUACAAUACAUACCUUGAACACUGCUCAAUACCUUUUUCACUGCCUUGGUCCAUGAACCUUCAACGUCCACUUUAAUGGUGAAGUUCUGCAUAUGCAAUAACAGGAACAAACAGAUUACAUAAUCAUGUAUAUUAUAUAUCGUUGGCUCUACACACACAGAGUGGCACUUAGAAUGUAUUUUAGAAGGAACAAACCGUGAAUGCAGGGUAUUCAUUUUUGGACUUCUUGGAUGCCAUGAAUGAUAUGAACACCAUAUAUUUUUAUUCUUUUAUUUUUAUAACCGUGAAUGCAAAAGGGGAAGAGGAUGCGUGUAUUAAUAGAUUUAAGACGAUAUCACUACGUAUCUUUAAUUAUUUAGUUUCUAUCCUAGAAGUUGAUACAACUUCCUUUUCUGCAACAUAUGUAAGAUCUUAUGCAGUUAUAAAUCCGAUUUACUUGGAUUUUUUACUUAUAAAAAAAUGGAAAAUAAUUUGUUUCUCCUCGGCCUCACCCUAACUAUGACCCACCCAGUAACAUUAUUGUUUGUCUAGUGUUCUUAAAUCUCCAUCCCCUAAUUAAUCACAAUUAAUUAAUCAAUCUCACAAAAUAAUUUUAAGUAUUUGAAAAUGUCCUGUGAUAAUAUUUUCCCAUGAACGAUCUCAUUUUUAUUGAUGAAUUUGUAUAGACGUAUAUUCUGUGUAAGGCCUUGGGCUGAGAUAUACAAUAGAUACAAAGUACAAGUGGCCCUAUACAUAUAGAAUCUAAUAUGCCCUGCUCUUUGAAUGGAAGAUUGUCUGAAAACUCAAAUUCCAACUCAAAUUGGUAUGGAACUUGGUAAACUGUGAUGGUGGAAGCUCUUUAGUAAAGAUAUAUGCAUACCGAUACCGAGAGGGGACAUGGAAAACACGAACAUGACCAAUGACGACUUUGUCUCGAACAACGUGUUGUCAAGCUCAAUGUGUUUCGACCAUUGAUGUUGCAUGGAAAGCGGCACGAUACUCGACAAUGGCUCCACGAAGGGAAAAGUGGAGCUCUCGUAGAAGAUUUUCGUAGGCAUAAAGAAGAAAUUAGUUGAUUAACGAGAGUUGUGGUUGAUAUCGUAAGUAUAUUGUCUUCGACGUACAAUAUGAGAUAUGCUACCUCGUUGCUAUCUCGAAGAAUAAAAAUGAGGAAUUUGAUUUGUUGUGUUGAAAGUCGAGGCGAACAACAUAUGCCCAAAUCGUUGAAACUAGGGUCAAGGUGCCUGGCGUCUGUUUGAGCCCAUAUAAAGACUACUAAAUGCUACAUAGUCACAUUUUUCGAGGUUGUCAAACCUUGAUGCAUGUAAAGCGUUUCGGCUUGGUGACCAUGAAGAAACACAUUUUUGGCAUAAAACCAGUCAAUUAUGUGCAAUGGAAAGGGUCAAACUGCAUGAUUUUGGCCGACUUGGCAAUUAGGCUAACGUACAACCGAUAUACCUGGUUGUUGACUUUUUCCACUAAGAGACAUGCUUUGUAGUGAUCGAGAGACCCAUCAACAUUCAACUUGUGUUUGAAUAAUCAUAUUGAUCUAAGGGCAUCCACAAUGCAUGGAACUCCAUAGAGUUCGAUGGAUCCACAAUGCAUCGAACUCCACAGAGUUCGAUGGAUUAUCACAUCAUCUUUUUACAAUCCAUACAACUUUAUCAUUUUUUCUUACAAUGCACUGAACUCUACAAAGUUCAAUAGAUUAUUAUAAAAUAUAAUUUAUAGUAUAUAUUUAAGAAUUAAAAAUUUUCAUUUUUUUUUUUCCAUUGAAGAGUUCAAUUAUCAUUGAAAUUCAAAUUCAU